GGCGCGCACACACACGCGCACACAGUGAGAGGCUGUUCGUCCACAGAUAAACGUCACAUCGACAAAUCCGUCGCGUUUCACGGUGAAAUCGGUUCUUUAGGCCUCCAUCCGCCACCGAAUGCUGAGAAUUCUGCCUCUGUUGUCGGUCAGAUUCACGAGCAAAUCCGUAAGGAGGAAAACCGAGUCAUUCAUGGAAGCGAUCGACUGAAGGAGGAAAAUAAACGCGACUGUGGAGCGACGCUGUUUUAUUUUACGAUCUUGCAUUUGUGUGCAACAUGUCAUUAACAGAAUGUCUGGGCUGAUUGCCAAUACAAUGAAAGUGAAUGAGAUCUGGAUAUAAUUUAGUAUAUAUGAGUCUUCUGAAAUGGUUUGAUCUGAAGAAAACCAUGGAAUCCUCAUUUUACAGCACCUAAAAAGAUUUACACAAACCAGACCCGAUGGAAGAGCCUUAUAAAGAUUCUGUAGCCGUAGAGAUGGCAAAUCCUCAGGAAGAGGUCUGCAGCAGCGUGCCUGAUGCCGUUGGGAAGCUGGAAAGCGAGACCACUCCGAUAAUCCCAACUGAGACGUGGAACGUCGGCUCUCCUACUAUCACCAAACAGCCUCUCUCACCCUUGCUCGCAAUACAAGCCACCCCGGUGGUAACCCCCGCUGCCGAGUCUCCAAACGGUGUCGCUUUGAAAGUAGCAACAACUGUACUCCAGCCAAUCUGUUUAGGGGAAAACCCAGUGGUGUUGCCUAUCCUUGCCGGCUCAGCUGCUCCACAAGUAGGGCAAUCAGGCGCAGCGUCAUAUCUGAUGACCAGCCAGGGACCGGUGUCCCUGCCCCUGGUCCUGGAACAACAAGUCCUCCAACAUUUGAAUCCUCAGUUGCUUCAGCAAACCACCACGUGUCCUAUCCUUCCUCUUCAGAACAAUAUUCUGUGCCAGAACCCUUCCCUUGCUCUCGGUCCACCUCCGGUCCUGGACCAGAAAGGUGCAAGUCCAAUGUUGGAUACUAGUCUAUUGACUCUCCUCCAAAACCCUAAUUUUGCUGCCAUUUUACAGGACCUCUUUCCUAGUCAAGGCAACCCCUCGCCCACUUGUCACCCAGCGUCUUCCCCACCAAUAGACCUUGCCUCAGCUUUUCUACCCCCACCGCCUCUCUCACAUCCUUACAGCUCUCCGUUAGCGUCCCUGGUCCCUCCAGCCACACUACUCGUUCCCUAUCCCAUUGUGAUUCCACUUCCAGUGCCACUUCCAGUCCCGCUGCCAAUCCCAGUCCCUGUCUCCAUGUGCAAAGACUCCAAAGUAGAUGUAGACUUCCCUAAAUCUAAACUGUGUAAUGUGAAUAAAAGCACUCAGACUUCACCUAAUGACAUUUCCUCUCAUUUGACGUUACCCAGCAAGGAAAUGUCAUUUGUCCAACCACCCCUUCCUUCUUGCCCUGUAGUGACAGAUGGAGAAGUUCUAGACUUAUCCAUUAGGGCACCUCAACCUUCAAUGCGUGUUGACAGUACGCAAGGGGUCCAGUCCAUUCAGCAGGACAAUGUCCUUGAUUUAUCUGUGCCUAGUAUAAGAAAGUCAUGCAUCCAGUCUCGUAGCACACGUGAUCCCCCUGAACGAGACCGAGUGUGCCACAUAGGUGAAGAUGUCAGCGGUGGGACUUUGGCCGUUGGGGUCCUGCGACCCGUAGACUGCACCCCAAACCUAGAUACUAAACUGCUAAGUGGUUUAGCAUCUUUGGAGUUCAGUCGACAGCACAAAUGGGUAGUAGAUAGCGGUCACACUAGCGCAGUAGCCGGUGCGGUACACGACCCUCAUGCUCUCGCUGGUAGCGGCAACAUUGAGAUCGUAAGCACGUCACAGACCGCCAAAGUCAUCGUUUCAGUCAAAGACGCCAUGCCUGCUAUUUUCUGCAGUAAGCUAAAGGGAUUGUCAGGCGUUUCUACAAAGAACUUUUCCAUCAAACGCGAAGCGAGUCAAGGAGGUUUCACGGCACUGCAGAGGGUCCAGGUGGAUCAACGAGGAGAGUCCAGCGACCCUCUCAAAAAGAUUCCCAAAAAUAGAGGCAUCAAACUGAAGAAAGUGAGCUCGCAGGAGAUUCAUAUACUGCCCAUAAAAAAGCAGCGACUGGCUGCGUUUCUUCCCAGAAAAUAACACAUACUCUCAGAGCGAGGGAGGAAAGGACCUACUGAAAAAACUGGUCACGGUCAGAAAGAGAAGAGAAAUAUAAGCAGGGUUUGCUGAUUCAUAAGGCUCGGUUGACAGAAUUAAGGCCUGCAGCUUUUCCUCCAGGCUGUCCCAAUGAUUUAGGCGGACACAGGCUGCUAUUUGAUCUGUUCAUUAGAAAGCAAUCAGAAGUCAACAAGAUGAAAAAUGCUCAGUGUUAAAGCAGUAACCUGAAACUGCACUACUACUGAUAUUUACUGAUGUUUUCGUGCCAGAAUCUUUUCCCUGAUUGUGAUCACACAUCCUCAUGAAUUAUGCAUUGUACCUAAUCUACAUUGUUAUUAAUAUGCAUGAGCUCUGUUUUGAAACAUGGCCAGCUGUCAGUGAGACAUCAUCUGUAGUGACGUCCUCACAUGAAACCCGGUGUUGAGUACUGACAGAUUUCUUCUUUUGUUUAGUUCCUCACCAGAAGCUUCCCAGUGUUUGUCUAAAUAAAGCGCUGUGUGACCUUUUGCUUCCCUCAUCAGUGUUUUCAUCAGCGGGCCGUUGAAGCGGAGCAACCGAGGAGGGGUUAGCAGUUAGCAUUACAGCCCAAUAAUGACCUGGCAAAGCACGGACCUCAUUUUCAUUAAGUUGCAUGAUUGGAGGAAAUGGUUGUCAGUAGCAACAAGCGUAGUUUUAUCAUUUUCUCUUCAGGGGGUAAAAGCCUCAUCCCCCGCCCGUCCAAAUCUCAAUAUUCACCGGGGUCUCAUGUCUGUGCAAUGUUUUCAAGGUUUUACAGUUUAAAGCUGUAUAGAUACCCAGCAGUA